CGUCACUUGCGGCUUCUGAUUGUGCGCGCGCUUGGUGUAUAUCCAGGUGAAGUUGACGGAGAACAUUUCUUUUAGUUUAAACGUCAGUCGUGUUAACGAUGGAAGCCGGCGCCUCCCUUAUGAGUAUGAUGGUCAUGUAUGCGGACGAGUCUGUCGAUAUUCGCUAUGAAAACGGGGCACAGUUACUACUUUCGCCCUGUGGCAGUGAGUUCAUGCUGGCGAGAGGCUCAGUGCCUGCUGAACAUCCUCUUCAAACUCCCGUGAGAGUUCGACAGAGGACGCGGUUCACCACCAGCGCUUAUAAAGAAUUGAUCAUCACUGCACUGGCGUUCAGAAAUAAGUAUGCCAGUCGACCAUAUCUGCCAGAGGAACUCACCACUCCGAUUCAUAAACAGCCUUUAUUAAGCAUUAACUUGGAAGUGCAGUGGCCAGCAUGGUCCUCCUGUGAUGCAGAGUUUUUACCUGGAGGGGAGACCAUCAUCAAAUCAGAGGACAAACUCACUCUUCUGACACUGUCACCCUCGGGUGAAGAGUUCUUUGUGGAGUAUGCAUGCAUGCUCAGCCAACCUCUCCAUCAGCAAGCACAAAAUUUUAAUCGAGAUCCUGAAAGGAUCCCAGACAAUCAACAGCAGUAUGGAAGAAGCUUGACCCAUUUGAAGGUAAAAUUUCUGCAGACCUCCAGUGAUGACAUUCAAGAGUUUCAUCAGAAGGAAGGGAAAACGUCAUGUUGUCCUCAAAUGGUCACUCAUGAAGCCAAGCCAGAGGCAAAGUACCAGUCAGUCGCACUCCUUCAGCAUCACUCCUGUCAUGCAGUUGCACCACAUUGGUGCUACCCUCUUUCCUUAGCUCUCCGUCACUGGAGAGCUCGUGUCUCCAACCCUGGCGGUGAUGGAGAAGGGCGAAGCAGACAUUCAAAGGCUGACCAAACUCUGAAUACCUCAGACUUAAGUAAUGAAGAGAGAGCGUUUCUCCUCCCUCAAGCCCUGCCUCUCAACUGCUCAUCUCCUCACUUUCACAGUUGGAAAUUUCAAGACCCAGACCCAAAAAAUCAACUUGAUCAAGACUCUCCAACAGAAAUGGUGAAAGUGAUGUGGCACCAAGGGGUGACGUACAGGAUAUUGGACCAAGAUGUCCCAGUCAUAGAAGUUUCUCCAGGGGAUGGGUCUGUCAUCCGAUCUCACGGAGUCCUCAGCAUGUACUUUAUUCAUUAUAAGCCUGAGUGCCAAUCAGUGCAGACAAAAGUCAGCCUUUCAUCUUUUAUCCAUCUCAAAUUUCCAUUAUUCACUUGCAUGGGAUCUCUACCUCGCUGCUUAAAAUCAAAUUCAUCACUACAGGUUAAAGAGAUAACAUAUCAUAUGAAUGGCCUUCCACCUGACAUGCCUGGGCAGUUGUACUCUGUUUGCUCUGUUUUGAGUUGUGCAAGCAGACUUCUCACCAGAUACAAUGAGGUAAAAAAACUGAGGAUCCCUGCUACACCCAGCUGCUUGCUACAGCUAAAUGUAUUGUUCAAACCACCAAUGGUUGAUGGAAUCCUGUCCAAUCCUUCACCUCUGGGACAGCAUGAGAAUAAUAGUGAGACCGUAGAAAGUUGGUCAGAUCUGGUUGCUGCAGAGCUUGCAAAGAUACAGCGAUGCAUACUUACUUUAGAAGACGGUAACAAGGAAAGAGGGGAGAAAGGAUGUGCACCAAAUGGUUUGACCGAGAUCGCUCAUGAGACAAUGAGUGAAGGCUGCGUUGCAGAAGCUCUACAGAAGACAUCCAAAGCCAUACAGGAUAUUGAUGCAUUCAUAACUGCAGCCAAGCAAACCUUAAGUGGGAUUGCACAGUUUGAUUGCUGAGAAUGUGUGUGUAUGUGUGUGACUCAAAUAAACACAAGUACAAUAAAU